AUGGCGUCACCGCCUCCGAAGGGGGAGUCGUUUGACUUCGAGGAUCCACGCGCGCAGGAAGCCAUGGGUUCUGCGUCCGCGUCCUACAGCGCUCCCGGGGGCGUCUUCGGCCUCUCCCCGCCGGAGUCCUCGCGCCGCGAUAGCCGAAAGAGAAGGAAAGACAGACCUUCAUGGGUCAAACAUACGUUCACACCUCAUUUUGACGGUCACCUGUGGAGAAAGUAUGGCCAGAAAAACAUCAAGGACUCUGUCUUCCCAAGGCUUUAUUACAGAUGCUCUUACCGUGAAGACAAGCAAUGCCUUGCCUCAAAGCUGGUGCAACAGGAGAACCACGAGGACCCACCACUGUUCAAGGUCACCUACACGUACGAGCACACGUGCAACACCGCGCCCGUCCCAACUCCAGAUGUCGUGGCCGAGCUGCCGGCGCCGGCAACUGGCGACGCACUAUUUCUGAGGUUCGAUUCCACCGGCGCAGGCCACCGGGACGCGCACCGGAUGGAGCAGGAACGGCAUUACCAGCAGCCUGCGGCACCUGGGUGGCCGUCCAUGAUGCUGAGCUUUGAUUCCAAUAGCCAGCAGCACGAACAGUGUACGUUCCCUUCCGAGCUGCCGCCAGCUGCGUCGUCGUCGUCGUUUUCGACCGAGGGGCUGCCAGCGCCGCCGUCUACAACCGAUGGCGGAGGCGACGGGUUCUCGACGUGGGACUCGUUGAGAUACGGAUUAAAUGACCAUGUGCACUUCGGCGACAAUUCGUAUCUCCCAAACAGUGGUAAUGAUGGUGACGAUAACUACUGA